GCAAGUUUGGCGAAAAAGAAACAACAACAAACGAUUAAAAAGAAAGAAUCAAACACACAGGCUGCAGAUCAUCUCAGGUGUCCUAAAGACACACACUGCUUCUCUUUUUUUUUCAUCUCUCACAGAUUUGACAGUUUUCCUACAAAAUGGAUGAAUAUGACAGGGAUACCGGAGAGGAAGAAUUGGUUAAAAGAUUCAGAACUUUUCUCUUUACUCAAAGUUUGUUGACUCCCAACAAAAAUGAAGAGCUUCUUCUCAACAAGCUGCAGGGACUGGUUACAAAUAUCAAAUGGAGCCCAACUGAUGCCACUGACUUGUUCAACGCUCUGCUGAAGCGAUUUGAGAGAUCAACAACAAAUGACAGAUUACCUCUGCCACUAUGGAUGCUGAAAAUGUUGCAUUGUAUAGAGAUUAAUUACAUUACUCCCAGCUGGAGAUGUCAAACAGGAACACUUAUCGAGCUGGUCCGAGACGAGACUGUAACAGAUGAAAACCUCAAAAAAUGUUUAGCAGACGAUACAGAAAAGAAUCUGGAUGAAAUUCUUGAGGAAAUCCGCCAACAGAAGUUAAACCAAAUUGAUGAAAAGCUUUUAGAUGAUGUGAGGGACAUUGUGUCAUCAGUUGAUGAAGAUCUUACAUUACACAAUAAUGGAUCACAGCAGAGUGGUUUGAAAAAAGACUUGCUGGAGCUCUGUCAGGCAGCAGAAAAAACUCACUUCAGACCACGACUGACACAAAUGGUGAGCUGGUGUAUCAUGGCUCUUUCCAAAACAGGGCGGUUAGUUCAGGUUGGCACUGGAGAGGGGAAGUCGUGUAUCGUGGCAAUGUUUGCAGCUUUCAGAGCUAUGAGAGGUGACAAGGUAGACAUCAUGUCCAGCUCUCCUGUUCUAGCAGAGCGAGAUUUGAAAGAUUGGCGAGAGUUUUAUAAAGUUUUGAACAUCAGUGUAGACUGCAACACUAACAAACAGGACAAAGACUUAAAAAAGUGCUAUAAGUGUCAGGUUGUUUAUGGUACUGUGGAGGAGUUUGCGGGAGACUGGCUCCGGCAUCACUUCAAAAGGACAGACAUAUUUGGGCAAAGACAAUUCCAGUGUGCAAUUGUGGAUGAAGUGGAUUCCUUGAUGCUAGAUAAGGGUCUUCAUGUGGUUUAUAUAAGUAGUGACAUGCCUGCUUUGCAACAUCUCAAUCCACUCUUGGCAUUCAUAUGGGCCACUGCUAAUCAGUUCAGUAAGAUUAGCACAGAGACAACUGUGGGGAGAAAAUACCCCUUCCAUCAUGUUGUGCUUGAAAAUAUAACAAAGGGCAAAUAUGUUGAUGAGUUUACCAUCCUUCAAAUGGCUGAGGACACAGGUAUACUGGGAAAAGGUUCUGUUAGGGACCUUAGAAAGAACCCGAGCCUUUUAACUGAAAAAACUGCAAGCGUUACUGCUAACCAGCUGGCAAAGUUCUUUGAGACAGCAGAGAGUAGAUUCCCAUCUUGUCAGUUUGCUCUGCACUGCGUAAACAAUGAUGGAGCAAUAGAGGAACUGAACAAAGGACAACAAAUAGAAAUGGCUGGAAGACAGAGAGUACCACUGCUUUUAAGGAAUGGAGGCUUCUGUCAGUACAUGUAUUCUGAUGAAGAGAGUGUACAGAGAGCUGCAGAAACAGAAAUAAAACGUGCUCUGCAUUUUACACCAUGUGAACUGAGCCAAGAUAAAAGUAGCUGCUACGUCCCGGGCUUCCUCUCAGAUCUGGUCAAAUCUAAACUAAAGGUCUGGAUUGAAAAUGCAUUCUACGCACAAACAAUGACCAUGGAUCAUGAAUACAUUGCUGAGACACAUGGGAUAGUGCCUGUUGACUACAGCUGCACAGGUGUUGUUGAAAACAACAUGAAAUGGUCAGAUGGGCUACAGCAGUUUCUUGAAAUGAAACAUCAGUCCAAGCUGAGUGACAUGACAGCCAUCACAAACUAUAUGUCCAAUGUUGGCUUGCUUCAAAAGUAUGAAGAUCAGAUUUUUGGAAUCUCUGGGACUCUUGGCCAACAAGCUGAGACUGAGACCUUGCAGAAAAUCUACAAAGGGAUCAAGACCUGUCAGAUACCUUCAUUCAAACGCAGAAAGCUGUUUGAGGUUGAAGGCGUAAUUGUAGAUGAUGAAAAAGAAUGGAUUGAGAAAAUCUGCCAUGUUGUCAAUGGACAAACCAACUCUACUCCAUACAGGGAUCCAAGAGCUGUGUUGGUCAUCUGUGAGACCAUCAAUCGAGCAAAGGUUCUCCACAAAGCUCUGGGAGGCAAGGUCCCCAACAAAAAGCUUUACAUAAGCAACAAUAUGGACAAUUCUGAAGUCUUUAAAGAGCUUCAAGCUGGAAACGUAAUCAUAGCAACAAACCUUGCAGGCCGUGGAACAGAUCUUAAGGUUUCAGACGACGUAAAGAAAGCUGGAGGUUUGUUUGUUUUGCAGACCUUCCUGCCAAAGAAUGCUCGAGUGGAGGCGCAGGCAUUUGGCCGCACUGCUAGACAAGGAUCUCCUGGGUCUGCUCAGCUAGUUGUCUGCUCCAGUCAUCUGUCAGAUACACUGAAACUUCUGGCUUUAAUGGGCAAACUUCAAUAUUUAUUGGAAAAUAUAACUGAUGUCAUGCCAGUUUAUCAAGAUCUUUUUGUGAAGCAAUUACAACUGUAUCCUAACAGCCAAGGACAUGACAAAUCUCAACAUUUACUGUUGACACUGUGGCACAUUUUAACAAAAACCUCAGAUUCAAGAAUAAAGACAGUUAAAAUUGCCAGAAAUUACCAUGUUCAAAAAACAUUUGCUAGAUUCUUAGAGUGUGACAUCCCAGUGAUAAAGAAGAAGGAAGAGCUUUUCAGUCAGUAUCUGGACAUACUGGAUGAAGUGUACAAAAACAGUAACAACAAGCCAGCAGAUUCAGAUUUGUCUGCACUGAAUGAAUUCUGGGGUAUGUGGCUACUCACCAACUUCAAUGAGGAUGAUUCUAUUGUGGACUUAAAAAAAAAACUAACUGAAGACCUGAAAACAGCCAGGCAAAAACUCAGAUGGAAAGAAUCACCCUCAUCAAACCUCCACCACUACACUGCAUUUGGCAAUGAGCUGCAGGAAAAGGGACAUCUCAGAGAGAGUAUCAAGAUGUACACUAAGGCCAUACAGGAGGACCACUGCUGGGCAGCAUUUGCAUAUUACAACCGUGCAUUUGCAUCAUUAACCCAGAAAGAUGGGCAUCAGGAUCCAAGCUGCAUCGAUCAAGCUCUGGAAGAUUUGCAAAAUGCACUCAGGUCUGUUGAGCUCUACUGUGAACAAAUUGAGGUCACUUGGAGAUACUCCAAACAACAAAUCGAGAACCUCCACAGCGAUUCAGAUAGAUUUGACAGUCACAUCAAAGUCAGAUACCAGGUGUUGCUGUGUUUGAAGAAAAACAUUAAUGAGGCCACAGGGAAGCUUGAAAGGACAAGAGACACUGGUGGGGUUGUUAAACUAAAUAAGAAGUUAGUUUACUUCCUUGUUUCAUCAAAGCUGUUUCUUCCCAUGGUAAAACAUACUUUAAAAUCACUGAAUCUAAUCUACUUCAGAGACCCUCUGAAGAUGCUUCAGCUCAUCAGUGAUCCCUCAUUUGACAUUUCCAUUGAACUGAAGUGUCUGGAAUCUCUGGGGCUGAGUCAUGUCUAUACAUUAGACACACUGCCCUUUCUCAAAAGACCUUCCUCGAUGAUACAUAGUGUCCUGCAUCGGGUUCUUGAUAGGGUGUUGAGAAGUUUUAAAUGUUUGUUCAAAUGAUUUAGGUAAUGCCCUCGAGCAUUAGCAAUCUGCAGCAUGGACUCAUACAGAAAUGGAGUGAAAUAAUCUGUGUAAGACACAAACUUCAGGAACGUUCACCUUAACUAACAUCAUUUAGAUUUUAAAGUUGAUUAAUCACUUUUAAGGAAAUUUCUUAUUCACUAAACCAUGUGAUCCUAACUGAAAACAAAGAAACAAUCAAAAAUGUAACUUUUAAGUGUCCAUCAAGAAGUUUCAGAUGUUGCAUUUUGAUAGAAAAGCCUACUAACUAGUUCUUAUUUCUUUGUAGCAGUACAUGAUAUAUUUUUAUAAUUGCUAGCCAAAUAUAUGAUGUAUUAAUUUUUUAAUUAAGAACUUAUUACAUUUUGGCCACAUAUGUAUAGAGUGUAAUUUAUAAGGUUAUCUACUUCAUCACCUGUGUCUUGGUAAUGGUUGGUUUUAAUCUUUAUAAGAUGCAGUAACUUGCGAUACAGAUACUAAACUAGUGUGUAUUAUAUGUCGUGGUUUGGAGUAAUCAUGAAAAUAAUUUCUGUUAUGUGUCUUGAAAUAUGAUUGACAGCAUAUUUCUCUAUUUUCAUUUCCAUUUUAUUAUAAUUUUAAUAAUUUUUUAUAUUAAAAAGAAAGUUAUCACCACAGAGAAACCUGGUGGUU